UGGAAGUUAGCGCUGGUUAGACACCGUGGCAGGUUUUUGGAUUCGUAACGAGUGAUUCAUCCUCUCAACAAUAGACGCUCUUUGAGUCGGAGCGCGUCUGCAAAAUGAAUUCCACGGUGUCGUCAGUUCCGUAAAGCGUCCCUCCUGCAUUCAUUAAAAAAGAAGAUAGAGGAUUAUUUACGAAGACUCUGAAGAGAAACGCAGUUAGAACAAGACUUAACCCGGCUAUGUCAUUAAAAUAUUCCUAAUUAAGAACACUGCAUUUUUUCCUACUGGCAGUUUUUCCUUGGACUGACAAAAGACACAUCAGUCUCCGCUAAUCUCCGCCAGUGGUCUGGGAUGCACUGGCGUUAGCCGGUUAUUAGCUUGCUCGUUAGCUUUACCGAACAGCUCUGUUUUUUACGACGGGGACCCGACACACCGACACAGUGCAUUAUGACAGACAGCAUUAUGAGUAAAGCUGCCACGAUGGAGAUUCCUAUCAACAGUAACGGCGACACGGGGACACUAGCAGAAGACGACAGCCUUGAACAGGCUGCAAAGCUGCAGUGGAGCUUAGAUGAGAAGGUAGGGAGCUCCAGAGGCACCAGGGACCUACAGCAGGUGAUGGUAUCGGGUCCGAAUCUCAACGAGACCAGCAUUGUAUCCGGGGGGUAUGGAGGAACAGCAGAGGGUAUCAUCCCCACCAGCUCAAUCAAAGGUUCCAACAUGCACCACAGCAGCAGCAGCUCUUCAAUGACGGCAGAGGAAACAACCCGAGGUGUUGCUGUGGAGAAAAUAGAAACAGUGAAGAAGUGGGGUCUCAACACUUACAAGUGUACAAAGCAAAUGAUCUCGGAGCGUUUCGGUCGGGGUUCCAGGACUGUGGACCUGGAGCUGGAGGCCCAGAUCGAGGUGCUGAGAGACACGAAACGGAAAUAUGAGAAUGUGCUGCGAUUGGCCAGAGCGCUGACCAACCACUUCUACAACAUGGUGCAGACGCAGCAUGCGCUGGGUGACACCUUUGCUGAUCUCAGUCAGAAAUCCCCAGAGCUACGGGAUGAGUUUGGCUACAAUGCAGAGACUCAGAAGUUGCUGUGUAAGAAUGGAGAGACUCUACUUGGUGCCAUUAACUUCUUUGUGUCCAGCAUCAACACACUGGUCAAUAAGACCAUGGAGGACACCCUGAUGACGAUCAAGAUGUAUGAGAAUGCCAGAUUGGAGUUUGACGCGUACAGGUCAGACCUGGAGGAACUGAGUUUGGGUCCGAGAGACGCUGUAGCCAUGGCCCGCAUAGAUGCUGCUCAGCAACAGUACCAAGUCCAUAAGGACAAGUACGAACGGCUCCGCUCAGACGUCACCAUUAAACUCAAGUUCUUGGAGGAGAAUAAGGUGAAGGUGAUGCAUAAGCAGCUCCUCCUCUUCCAUAAUGCCAUCUCGGCAUACUUUGCUGGCAACCAGCAGCAGCUGGAGCAGACGCUGAAGCAGUUCAACAUAAAGUUGAGGCCUCCAGGGGCCGACAAGCCCUCCUGGUUAGAGGAGCAGUGAGAGUGCCUGCUGGACCUCCUGCAGUCCUCUUUUCGACCACCUCCACCUGUUACCUGUUGAAACCCCCAACUUACAGAGGACCACUACAGAGGGAAACGUAUAGAUCACUGGGUGGAAGAAGAGAUGAGAUGAGCGUGUGACUGUAUGAUUGAACAGAUGAAUUGCAGGGUAUUAUUGAUAAAUGGGCCAAAUGCAGAAGGAAAACAAGUGGCCAGUUUCAUGAACAGUCAGGGGGCUUUUAGUGCCUCUCCUACCAACUCCCUUUUUUUCACUCUAAUCCUAUUUGUGCUUUGUUCCCAGAGAGACUGUUCAUCUCUCCCUCCUCUCUUUCUCCUAUUUGACUUGACCCCCUUGUAUCUCAACACUGUUUUGCUGUGUGAGCUUGUGUUAGUCAUGUUUAUGGCCAUUAUUGUACUUCUCAAGUGCUCCCAGUGCUCUGAGUUCAACUUCAACCCAACACCAUCUUAGUAACAGAGACAGAUGAGAACAGGCAAAAUGGUAGAAAACCAUUAUAACACACACAGAUGUAACCAAACACUACAUCAAAACUCUUCCAGACCUUAUCCCUCUCCUUGUGUGCCUCCUUAUAUAUGAGCUAAUGUACUAAAUGAACACGUGGCCUGGAGGAAUAAAGAUAAGUUCUGAAAAAGA